ACGUUAAUGGAUUGGCCCCAUUCACUGUAACCCAGAUUUGUGCUUUUUUUUAAAGAAAAGGAGGAACAAGUCAAAACUAUUUUUUGUGCUAAUCAACAUUAUGCCACAAAUUUUGUCGAUUGAGCUCAACUUGUAUUGAACCCAGAAUAUUCCUUUAAGGGAUGUAGAAUUUAAUUUGUUGUCAGGCAAAAAAUUUAGAACCAUUUUUUGUCAAAUAUUACCAUUGCUGUACUUUUGAUUGUUGGACCCGUGUGCAGAUUUGAGACUUAUUAUCAUAAGUGCCAGUGCUAUCUAAAGGAAAGCAACAUAGAUAUACCACACAUAAAAUGUAAUUGUUUUACACUCCCACUGUGGUUAAAACAAACUUACCACAAAUUUAUGGCAGAAAUACAUUAGGAGAUCUAGAUAAAUGCAGGAUCUCCAUGACACCAGAGGAUGGCACUGUGGCGGUGAGUUUUGCACACCACUCUCAUUUUCUUUAAAAAUGUAAAACUGUGUAUUCUCUAUGCUCAUGACUUUGUUGUAUACAAUUUUAUUAUUCUUUUUUCAUAUACAUUUUUCAGACUUUCCCUAGAUUCCUGUGUCUUUGCAUUGCACAAUGUGCACAAUGCAGCAAGCAGUUGACUUCAGGGAGCAACCGUCCACUUAUGAAGCCCAGAACAGAACCAGAGGAAUUUAUGUAGAUGUAAUUUAUGUGUUAUAAGAGGCAUGCUGCUGUACAUAAUAUCUAAAGCCUCAACUCUGUUAUCUGGCAGACACCCAAGGCAAUAGCAGUGGGCUACACUAAAACCAAUAUAUGGCUUUUCUGACCUCAGAGCUUCCACAAUUAUCAUUGUUGGCAUCCCUUGAAGGGCACAUGAUCAAAUGAACUGAUCCGAUCAGCUUGGGUAUUGCAAAACGAGACAGAUUUGAACCCCAAAACCAUUUCAACUGAUGUCAUACAAUGAAGCUGCUACUUAGGGGGAAUCGUGUUGUUUGACUAAACUGUCAUGGCAGCAACGUUCAGUCAUCUUGGAAAAGAAGUUGCCUAUUCAGUCAAAUUUGUUGGACAUUUGCAGAGGACAGCAUACUGCACUUCUGUUGGGUUAUAGAUUCUGAUGCCACCUUUCAUUGGAAUAUUGGCAGCGCUCCUGAUGCCCGUGGUCUGGCCUGCCUCAGGAAACACGGCAUAGAGACAGAUCACAGGGCAUGACAGGGAAUAUCUGUAGAUCCCCAAUCGCUGAGGCUGUUUUCAGGAAGAUGGCCACAGAUGACGGGGUGGUGGAUAAGUGGAGAAUAGACAGUGCUGCAACGUCCACCUAUGAGAUCGGAAACCCCCCGGAUCACCGCGGCCUGGCCUGCAUGAAGAGACAAGGCGUGUCCAUGAGGCACGUGGCGCGGCAGGUCACCAAAGACGACUUUAUGACGUUUGAUCACAUCCUCUGCAUGGACGAAAGCAACUUAAGAGAUCUGAACAAGAUGGUAAGCAGCGUGAAAAAGUGUAAAGCCAAGAUUGAGCUGCUCGGCUUUUAUGACCCUGAAAAACAGCUGAUUAUCCAAGACCCUUACUAUGGGAGUGAUAAAGACUUUGAGACGGUGUAUGAACAGUGUGUUAGGUGCUGCAAAGCCUUUCUGGAGCAGCACUCAUAACAAACACAUUUAUCGACCCUCUCCUGGACCCUCCAACACCAAUCCCACCUCAUCAUAAAAUACUUGAUAUCUAGUUCAAUCUGUCACAAUUGCAAAUACACACCCAUCAAGUAUGAUCAAGUUUCUCUAUAAGCAAAACAUGCACUCCAAAUAAUAGGAGUCUUACUUGUAAAAUAAGUUUAUUAAUAUGUUAUUAGGAUGCUUGCUUAAGCAGAUAUAAUUUGAUUUUUAGAAUUGUAUUUUUUUUUCUGAUUUCUUUGAAUAUGAUUGUGGUUGUGCCAGUGGUUUGGAUUAAACAGUAUCUGGACGAGACACA